GUCUAAUAGCGAGUGUCGACACGACCGCGAGUCAUCAAUAUUCUAGUCUAGAACAUUUGAUCAAAAUCGUUUUUAAAUUUCCACCUCAUUUUCACACUCUCGUAAAAUACAUCGAAAAUACUAAUUUCUCUCGUCGCAAUGAGAAUUACUGCCAUCGUAUGUUUUCGUUCGGUCGAUCGGUGAAAACGGUCACGUGGCCAACUCGUUAAUUCUCAGGGAGCAUCAACUAUGAUAAGAUAGUAUAGCAUUAUCUUUCGUUGAUUCGCGUCUCGACGUUCACGAAGACGUUUUUAUUUCUUCAUCAUUGUGAUACACAUACAUUUUUAAACGUUACGAACGUCCAUUUUUCAAAGAUCCCAAAAUAUGCGACGACAAGGACAAGAUGUGAUGCAAGUAAACCUCGCCGGUAUCAGACGGGAUAUCGUAAAUCUUGCCCACAACUAUAGCAAUGCUCAGAAAGCGGUGCGGAAUGCAACUAGCAACGAUCCAUGGGGCCCGAGUAGCACACUCAUGGCCGAAAUCGCCGAUCUCACUUACAACGUCGUAGCCUUCACUGAGAUCAUGCAAAUGAUUUGGAAACGACUAAAUGAUCAUGGAAAAAAUUGGCGUCACGUGUACAAAGCCCUCAUGUUACUCGAGUAUCUCAUUAAAACGGGUACAGAAAAAGUUGCGCAACAGUGCAAGGAGAAUAUCUUCGCUAUACAGACACUCAAAGACUUUCAGUACAUGGAAGGACCCAAAGAUCAGGGAAUUAAUGUUAGAGAGAAAGCGAAGCAGUUAGUGGCCUUAUUGAAAGACGAUGAGAGAUUGAGAAAUGAGCGAGCUCGAGCACUAAAAGCCAAGGAAAGAUUUGCUCAAUCCGUUAGCGGUUUUGGGAGCGAUGGUUUGGACACUAUGACAACUCUAGGCGAUUUAUGUUCGCCUGACUGGGAACCGUAUCAUCGAGUCAAAUCCGAAUCUAAACCCGAACUAGAAGCUGCCAGGCCCCAAACGUUGGGCGAAGAAGAGCUGCAGCUGCAAUUGGCGUUGGCAAUGUCGCGGGAAGAGGCCGAGCAAGAGGAACAAAGACGACGCAGCGACGACGUAAGAUUGCAAUUGGCCUUAAGUCAGAGUCAGCAAGAUUUCAAAGCACCACCGACCGAAAAACAAAGUCAUAUGCUUGAUUUGUUGGACGUCAAUUUGGGGGAAGCCAGCGGGGCUGCUGCCCAAGUUGACCCUUGGGGGGUUCCGAUUUCUCCGCCACCUCCGAGACCUCAGUCGCUGGAUUUAUCUCGAUAUCGUGAACUCGAGACCAAUAGUGAUCCUUGGAGCGUACCAACGACAAGUACAUCACAGCCGAUCGAUCCGUGGGCACCCGCGCCUCCACAAAGACCGAGAUCGUCAGCUGCUGCGGUUGACCCGUGGCGAGCACCCGCCCCGUCACCUGCAACGGUCGCUUCACCUCCGACCGUGGACCCUUGGUCACUGGCGCCAGCCAGUGCCGAAGCCUUGACAACGCCGUCCCCGUCAUUUAACAAUCCAACACUCACCCAAAACAUUGGAUUCGCAGCUCAGUCGCCUCAGAACAUCGGCUUCAAUCUUUCGCCUGGCAGUGAUGGGCCUUUCCUUCCCGGCAACAAUACCAACGGCUUCAACGGCACCGGCGCCGCUUUCAACAAUUUUCCACUUCCGAAUCAAGGCAGCACUGCUGUCAGUCCGUCCGGUGAUCUAGAUGACUUUGAUGCAAUCAGCAACAGAAACAAACUCGGUGCUAGUCCCCAAACGACUAAUAAUGGAGGUACAAUGUCCCCGGAUCCGUUCGAUUUUGCUGGAUUGAGCGACAAUUUGCCCGCAAGCACGGGAGCCGUUAAGAAAACACCGCAAUCGUUCCUCGGAGAGAAUUCAGCUCUCGUAAAUUUGGAUAAUCUUGUGAGUGCAACAGCGAUCAAGCCAGCAGCCCCAGCUCCUCCUGCUGCUGCCGUACCGUAUUCGGCGAAUCCAUUUGCGACGGCGACGCCACCGCCUCGUCCUACCAUUAAUCAAAUACGACAGGAUCCUUGGUCAGCGAACACACCAACGACGGCGAAUCCAUUUCUAUCGUAGCCUGACCGCGAUGAUACGGCCAACGAAGAGAACAAAAAGCCACACUACAAUUCACAGCGUUGCAUUCUAAAGUAACAAGAAAAAGGCAAAAGGAAAAAAUAAUAUACCGUUAGAAAAAAAACGAAAAAGAGAGAAAAAGGGGGGAAGGGGGAGAGAGAAAGAGAGAAGCUCGUAGGAAUACGUAACAGUGUUUUGAAGGUGUAAUAAACGUUAACCCUGUAUGAUAUGAGUAUCGACUAACGCCUAAGAUGCGCAUGAAAUCUGAAGUUCGCGAUACAGAGAAAAAGAUAGCUAGUGGGAGAGAGAAAUGACUAAACUUGGGGCAUUCGCGCGGUAAUCACGAUAUGAACAUUUAACACUGUUGUAAAACAACGAAAAUUCUUUGUUAGCGUUCAAUCUCUCAAAUUGUCAACUUAUUCCAACAGCUAUGACUAACGAGUUCAUAACGGAGACCUCUCUUCUCGAGACCAAUUCUCAUAGCCUGAACAAGCGAAAUCGUUGGCUAAAUCCCUGAUUUGACCAAAUCUGGAUUUGCGAAAGUUCUGAGCUGAAAAGACUUUCGUUGAGUUCUAACGAUGCGGAUGUUAUUAGUGAUGGUGAAAUAUUGGGAUUGUAGAUUGAAAAAAAGGAAAUUCCUUAUCGAAGAAUAUUCAAUUUUAUCAUUCUUUACUCUACAAGCAAAUGAAUUUUUUUGAAAAAUACGUUAAGUAGUAUAUAGUCCAACGGUUCCUUGUUUCAUAACCAGAAAAAUUAUUUUUCAAAGAAAUAUCGAGACAGGGUCUCUCCUUUAUUUCUUUCGGUUCUCAUGGACGCGCGAGUCUGCCAAAAGUUGAGUCAAAAAUAAAAUUGUGCUCUCGUUGGGAUCACGAAUCGUCUUUACCCACGAAUCGGCUCGGGAUUUGCGGGGAUAAAUAGGUUUUAUACAUGCUCUUUUCAGAUAUAGUAUAUUUUUAAGUACGAAUCAAUUGAAGGAUCGGAAAUGAUAAUCGUUGCACGAUUACUCAUUGCAAACGAUGUGUAAAAUAUGGAUAAUACGAUAAUCGUUUUCUUUAUUUCCAUAUGUAUAUUAAAAAAAAAAAAAAAAGAAAAGUAAGAAAGAAAGAUACGAAGAGAGAAAAGAAGUAAAAUGAUAAGAAACGUUUUUCUAUAUUGUAAAAAAAAAAGAGAGAGAAAAGCAUUAUGCAUAGACUUGCGAUUCGUUCCUCAACUCCAUUUCCCAGUUAAUUCUAUCAAAAAGGUUUCAAUUUCAGUCACGCGAUAUAUACAUAUAUUUUUUUGCUUUUUCUUGUCUCAUCGCCUAAAUAGUGGUUCAGAUUUUUAUUACAGCUGUGGCCAGAUUGUUCGAUGCGUCUUUGAAGGCUUAUUCGUUACUAGAAUGGGAUGACUACGUAGAACGAAUAAAAAAAUCUACGUGCUCUACAAAAGCUAAUCCAGUUAUCAACAAAACGUGAAAAUAUCAAAAUUAUUUUCUUUUUCAACAGUAGAAUUCGUUCCAAUGUUUAUUGCGUAUGGAUUCAUAAACAUCGUAUAUGGAUGUUAUCAUUUGUCAUAAGCUCGUACGGAAAAGAUAAAUUGAAUGAAUCGUGUGGCAUCAUGAAAGUUGUCAAACAAUUACUCUUCUGUAAAUUAAUUUUCUCUCUUAUUCUUAAGCUUGGCUAUUUCACAGUUUAUCUUAAAAUAGAAGCGUUUGGAGAGCUUCCGAAAAAAAUUGAGGGUGGCCCCGCUAUUUCGUGAUCGUAAAAAAAAAACGUUUAGUGUCAAUCGAAUCAUAUGAAAAGAGUUUGGAGAAGAAUCAGGAAUUUAAUGAUCAAACUGUCGAGUAGUUUAAUUUUCUUUCGAGUACACUCGAUGAUUGGUGAAGGUAAACUGUAAUUAAGGAAUUCAAUGGAUUUAUUUUUUCAAUUUUCAUACUAUUGGUAAUGCAAUUAUUCUCCAACUUUCGAUCAAUUGGAAGAAUUUAUCAUUAAUUUGAAAAUACAAGAGCAGAAAAAUCACUAAUAAUUAUGCUCGCCCAUCACGAAAACCCUCGCUUUUUUGUUCGAUUUAAAAAAAUAGCUGUAACAGGGCUGAUAUCGAUAUGGGCAAGUUUAUUAGGCAAAAGUUUCCAAAAUAUCACGAUAAAACGUAUGUGACCACUUGAUUUUCUAAUUUUCUAAAUUUUUAACAUUACGCAGUAGGUGAAAUAUGGUCACAUUCAGAAAUGAACUCCUCUUGUUAUUUUGUGAACGAAAUAACUAUUUAUUUGCUUACUUGUUUAUUUAUUUGUUAUUAACUUUUGUAAAAACAAAGCUGAAAACGAUGGUAUGUGCAGAAUGUCUAGUUUGAUAGUUUUUAAAUAUUCUUUUCUCUACUCCCAUGUGAAGAAAAAUAUUUGAAAAAACGAAUCUUCGUGACGUGGUGAAUCCUUUACCUCGAGAUUGUAAUGAGUGAAAAAUGAUUUACGGAAUAACAAGAGAAGAAUUUUCACUCAUGUGUGACAGAUUAUAAAAUCUCAUCCGAACUCGAACACUUUAUACAUUUUUGUAAAAUGGAGCAAAAUAUCUUGAGAAACAAAAGUUCAAUUCAGACCGCGUUGCAGUAAAGAAUAUGAAUCAAACUCCUCGUAUCGAUCCUUCGAAAUGUCGAUAUGACCGAUUUCAUUUCAAUGAAUUGGCUGAAGAAUUUGCUGUUCGUACAAGACGGUCAAAAAAAAAUAUAUAUAUAUAUACAUAUUGUACAUUACGAUUGUACGUUUUGGGCUGCUCGCGUUAAGUGAUUGGCUGAACACUGUGAAUGACGAAUUAUAAUACAAUUUACCACGACUAUUUCAGCUUUCAUACGAAACGAACCUUUGUGCAUUUUUUUAAGUAACGAAACGCUAUGUAGAAUUUUUUGUCGAAUAUCGGGACUAUUGUUCUGUUAUUGUUUGAGGAUCUUGCACUCGUAUUGGAGUCUUUGCUGUGAGAUUUUAAGAUUUUUUUAAUGUCUCAAGUGCAACUUUAUUUGUGAAAAAACGAGUACACUCCCUUGUUUUUGGCUUAUAUAAAAGCUGACACGAGAGCAGCAUGGCGGAAUUUUAUUUUAUUGAGAGUUUCAGAUAAAAUGAUUCAUCGGAAACAAUAUAUAUUUUAGUAGACCUAUAUUAUUAUAUACACUAUUAAUAUUAUUAUUAUUAUUAUUAUUAUUAAAAUGAUUAUUAAUAUUAAUACUUCUAUGCAAAUAAAUGUACAAAUUUUUAAGUUCUACCAUUAGGUAUUAUAUAUAAUUCAACGAUCCUAAUUUUGGAAAAUCUAUGAAUACCCUUGAAAAAAUCAGUAACAUAGAUCAAACUUGCUUAUUUGUUAAUCGCAUUACUAUCGGCUAUACUUAUCACUUCACUAUCAACAAAGUACAUUUAUUUAUUAAAGAAUCACUCUGGCAGAGAAAGGAAAAAACCAUUCGAGUGAUUCAAAUUUUAUAUGGGAUCGAAGACCGCUUUUAAAUAAAGUAUUGAAAAAAAAAAUGGAAACAUUUUUUCAGUGAAUGUAAA